UCGUCCGUAAAUAUAGUUUCUUUCCAAAAAUCAAAAUCUUUGUAUAUAUAUUCUCUUGCGAAAUCUAGUCUCUUUCUUCUAUUCUUCUCGUUUAUAAGAGGCUUAUUCCGAGCUGUACGACCGUGAAAAUUAUGUUUUCUGAGUUUUUAAGUCAUGUGUAGCGAUUAGAUAAAUUUUAUAGUUAAUGGUAGGUAAAAAUCGUGGUUUGCAAAUAAAUACAGCCGAAUUCUAGCCAAAUAGUACCACAUAGUCUACUCUACGUGGCGCCACCAAAUCAGCUAUGUGGUGUGCCUCUUUAUUCAAUAUAUUAUUUAUUUACAAUGUUCACUAAAUUAUAACGUUGAAAUAUUUUAUCGACCAACUUCUAUGACAGCUUGUUUCUAACUCACUAUUUACAAAAAAAAUAUCACGGAUAUCAACAAAAGAAUUUAAAAUGUAUAGUUACGCGAUUUCUAAUAACAAACAGAAAUUGACUUUAUCUACAAGUAGAAACCGACAUUACUAACACAUAUAUCUAUUCACUCCCAUAUAUUUUAAGUUCUAUUCAUCGUUCUUUUGGCGCAGAGCGAAACCUCUGAUCUUUUGCAGAGUCGGUAAUUCAGAACCUGGGACACGAAGUUCAAUAUGCUGCUAUGUCUAUCCUUCUACCUCAUCUGUGGUUAAACUGUAUCCCUGUUUCGAAAUCAUUUUUAUACUGACACUUGUUUCUGUUUUAAUGAAAUUACUUAAAUAUUAACUUCAUUAAAUCUUUGCAAUCAUUAGAUAUUUAAAGUAAUGUUAAUACUUAACGCUUAUUUUCAUUUCGUGUGGAAACUAACAAUUGUUUAUAUAGAAACUGUUGAUACUUGCAUAAAUUGUAUAGUAUGAAAUUUAAGAUCAGAUUCAUAGAAAACCGGGCAGACUCAAAUUUUGUUCAAACAGUGCAACCAGACACUUCUUUAAUUCUUUAGAACGUAUGAUCUUUUCAUUUUUGUUUAGAGCAGUCUAUCAGAUCAGAAUCAUUAUGUUGACACAAAGAAAACAAUAUACUAAAAUAAAUUGAAAAAUUAUAGUACAUUGACAAUAUAUUGUGUAUAAGUAUUCGUAUUUGAAUAAUAAAGUAUUCAGAUAAGAAAAUUUCGAAUAACAGAGAUAAUACUACACCAUAAUAGUAGAUUUUGUGGAGUGUAAAAGAUGUUGAUAAAUAUUUAGUAAACAUGAUAAAAUAGUGUGAAGAACUGGUAUGAAAAUUAUAUAAAAUAUAUUUGAUAUUUUACAUUGAUAGAGUUGCGAACUACGGAGGUACCUUUACUUGUUUUUAUUGAUCGACGCCUGUGCAAUAAGCGACCUCGACGUAUCAACCCUAGCCUAUGAGAAGUAAUCAUCGGUUAAUAUAUCGUUUAUGUAUCGUUUUCUAACAUUUAGAAUUUUAUCCUUCUCUUCGUCUACAUGAUCAUACAAUGUACAGUGUCUGUCUUUAUUUAUUAAAGACUGAAUAAAAAAUAUUGGAGAGAAUAACGAAGAUAAAGAGGUCGUUGAAGUCCUGUCAGAUGAAACGACAGCAGUAUUUGAAGCAAUAACAACUUCAAUCAAUGAGUCUCUGAUAAACAACGGUCACCAUGCAGCAUCAAGAAAAAAUAUGAAUACUACGACGCUUCAAAGUUCCAACGGUCUCACGCAAUUGUUUGUAAAACACUUAAUUGCCUGGCGAUAUGAGUAACAAUAGGCAUAGAAAUGUGACUAUUAGUUUACCGCGUAAUGCAAAUUCUAAAUGGCUUCAAUAAUGGCUAAUCGGUCUUUAAAUCCAUGUUAAUUCAAAUUAAACAAUGGCUUUCCGUUAUCACGGCGAACGUUUAAUUCAAUGAUUCGCUCGUGAUUAAUCGAGGUAAACUCGACCUCCGUCGCUUUCUUUGUAAUCCUUUAUAAACAAUCACGUUGUCGGAUUGUUCGUGUUGGAUUCACGAAAUAUAUCAGUAUUUUCGAAAAUAGUCAACUGUCAUGUUCUUUUGUAAAGUUUAGAAGUUUUAAGUUUCACAAGAAAACCCAAUCCGAACCGGGAUUAGUGAAAGACGGUGGAAUGUUCGUUGCGUACGCCGUAUUGUUGCGAUUAAGCGAGAAUGAUUGUCAACGGUGAAAACGAGUACACAAAGUUUCCCCAUUUCCGCGAGUAAAUCUUAAGGGUGGUGAAAAGUCGAAGAAAUUGAAAAUGUCCGAAGGCGAGGGGAAACGGGCUUCGCCGAUACCGGUGGUGACCCAUAUACAGUGCUGUAACAGCGUAACCAACACGCAUUGCCCUGCGCUUCAAGUGACGCCACGAAUGUUGCGAUCGCCGAGUCACGAGAGCGUCACGACCGAUCUUUCCCUCUUCAGCGUCUCGUCAAUAGCGAGCGCUAACAGGCUGGUUACUUUUAAGUCUUACACCGACGUGCAUCUUGCUGGUCGUGGUCCAUCGCCAAAACCAGACUUCCGUCAAAUUCAAACUAGCAGGCCAGCGGACAUACCCGAAAUCCUUUGGUUCGAAGAAGAGAAUGAGUUGAUCCGUAGUUGCGGGUUACUGUCCUCCGCCCUUGGACUUCGUAAAAGCUUUAGUACGAGCGACGUGUCUCAGUUGCCAAGUCCGGACGCUUUAGACACGGCUGGACUGCGAUCAGCAGUCUCUGCUUUGACUCUAGACACUGCCCAACGAACUACUCUGCUUUUGGAGCAUACCAGACUCGACCAUGCUUCGAGGUCUUGCAGCACGUGGGUCGCCGUUGGCGAACCCGUAGCCGUUACAUCGCAACUCCCUAGUCCUCACGGUGGAGCUGCACAAGAGCAGCAACGCCAGCAACACCUGUCCACUCAAUCAGUUGCGUCUCAGUCAGCGCCUCAGCCUCCACCUGCACCGCCACUACCAUCAGCGCCCUUCACAGGAGCAGAUCUAGUCAGAUCCGUGAACAAAAAAGUUCGGCAAAAUUACAUACGCAGAAGAUUAUUGACAACGUAUCGCGCGUUGGAACGGCUUUCGCAGAGUGAGUUCAACUUGGAUCAAUUAGAAGCCGCGGCAAGCGCGGCGCAAACCUCCAGCAGUACCUUAUUAGUUCCUGGUGCAUCGGCCAUUACUGGAAUCGCUUUGUUAGGGCGAAAAGAACAAAAUCAUGCUCUGACUAUCAAAGACGUAGAAAGAGAACGUGGGAAUCAAUUGUCGAAAUACGAAAGAAACAUGAUGAUCUUUAAUUGGCUGCACACUCUUGAUGAUACUGCUACUGUUGAUAGUGUUGAAUAAAUUAAAUCAAAUAUUUAUUAUUGAA